AUGGCCAUGAAAAGAAUCACGCACACUGCCGUCAAUUGGGCUAAAUUAGAGCAGAAGCUCAUACCCAAGCAUGCCUCAGAACUGUCGCACUUGAAGGGAACGAGUCACACAUACUCAGCAGCUGUAGACCAGCUUCCAUCUGAUAUUCCGAAGGUUGAUUUCAACGCUCUGAAGAAGCAACUCCCAGCUCAUGCAGCAGUUUUGGAUUCGCUGCAGAAACAGCUAGACGCUAUUAUGAUUCCAUACGGAGAAAUUCCAAAAGCAUACCUCCAGGAAAUUGACCACUGGACUGAGUACAACAACGAACGAGUGAAACUCCAUGAGAUGAAGGUCGCUGAUGGUCUAGAGCAGGCAAAGAAGGUCGAAGACAAAUGGGCUAAAGCUCCUCCAGUAGAACACUUUGACCGUCAGCACUUCGCCGAAUACUUCCCACAAGAAUUCUAUGAUCUUCGCUAUCAGAAUAGGAUACCCGAUCCCUGCAAUCUAGGACUUAAUGAGACGCCAGAAAUUGAGGCACGAUUCAAGGACUACAAGGUUCUUCGACGCGCUGACAAGGUUGAAGACCAUUAGUCCACGAGAGGAAAGUGUUAGAGUACUUACGUUUGUUUUAGUAAGUUAGUAUUGUGAAUGUCAAUGAUAUCGAUAAAGUCUUUGAUGGAA